AUGACGCUGCGACAUCCGAGAAGAGUGUUAGUGACGGCCUUUGCUGUUUGCUUCCUGCUGCAGAGGUGGCAUGCGGGGAGUCAGCCCCGCCACACUCCAAGCCUUGCGCUUUCUGCGCCGUGGAGCCACAGCCGCGAGCUGGACAAGCACGCCGCGCAGAAGCUUCUGAGCAGUGCAGAUGUGUUUGUCUUUGACCUGGAUGGCGUGAUCUGGAUCGGAGACAAGCUGGUGGACGGCGUCCAGCAGGCUUUGGUAGACUUGCGCAGUGCGGGCAAAGCCGUGGUGUUUGCGACGAACAAUGCCAUGCGGACGCGAGCGGAUGUUGCCGGCCGGUUGAGGUUGCUGGGAGUGGACUGGGCUGAAGAGAAGCACGUCUUCAACAGCGCAGCUGCAGUUGCGCAGCUUCUUGAGGCACGUGGGAUCCCCAAAGAUCGGGACAUCUACGUCGUCGGCGAGGCCGGGCUGCGGGAUGAGGUGCAGGCGCGGGGCUACCGCACCAGGGGCGGACCGGAAGACGCUGGCAAGACCAAAGAGGACAUCGCAGAAGCCAUCGAUGAGCUGGGAGAAGGAAACAGUAGUGGUGCUGUCGUUUGUGGUCUGGAUCAGCAUUUGAACUACUACAAGAUCGCAAUUGCUGCGCAUCUAGUGAGGCAUGGGCUGCCGCUGUUCGCAUCAAAUAGCGACCUCUUCGGUCAGCUGGGCUCUGGCUCCCAGCAGUGGCCCGGCGCUGGCUCUGUCAUUGCCGCGGUGGCCACGGCGGCUGGGCGGAAGGAUGGCACCGCGGAUGCCGUGGCAGGCAAGCCCAGCGUCGAGUUCGCGAAGAUCAUCCGCGCAUCCCUGGGCUCCCCGCCGGCUCGGCGGAUGGUCAUGGUAGGCGACAGGCUGGACACCGACAUCGCCUUUGGAAAUUCUGCAGGCAUGCAAACCCUCCUGGUGCUCUCCGGUGUGACAUCCAGGGCUGAGGUUUCCCACGCCAGUGGAAAGUUGAGACCCGAUUUCUUUGCAGAGUCUGAGCUUCUUCAGCUUCACGACUACCCAUUGCCAGCGAGGCAAAUGUUAAUUGAGAGCCUGCACCACUCCAUCUCCGCCAGUGACGCAACGCUACAUCCACAUCAGGUCAGGCUUUUGGGCAUCGCCCAGGAUGCACUUCUGGAAGGCAGACAGAAGCUGGAGGUGGCCAAGCUGACUAUCGAGGAGAGCCUGCAACAACUCGAAAUUGACUUGGCAUCGCAGGACUCGGCGACCACCGCUGCUCUUGCCUCGGCGGAAGCUGCCAAGCGACAUGCCGAGACUUCGGAGGCUACCGCCAAGGAUACGGAAGCAGAGGUGGCGGAGACAGAGCAGGAACUCGAGAGAAAGCGGCAAAGUGUCAAGGACGUGGUGCAGGACACUGCGCGGCAGCAGCGGUGUCGCCGUGAGGCCUUGCUCGCAGAAGCAUCGCUAAAGCGCCUGGCCGAGGGUGCCUGGGCCAAGGAAGAGGAGUGGUGGGAGUGCUUCUGCAGCCUGCAGCAGCACCUCCUUGACACAGGGGCUGAAAACUCGCUGCUGACUGCGGCGACCGUCUCGCUAAAGAAGCGACCGGAAGACCGAAGCAGCUUUGAUGGCGUUGCGGUGGAAGGAGUCGGCCACUUCUUCCGCAGUCAGCUCGAGAAGGUGGAUGAACAGCUCGCCCAGCAGUCGCGGCUCGAAAUGGAGGCAGAAGCGACGAUGCUGGGCAGCGAGGCCCUCGCCAACGCAACCAGGCACCGUGCGGUGCAGCAGCGGGAGGCGGCCUCCGCUGCCAGCACUGCCAAGGAAUCCAUGCAGGCUGCGGCCAACACCGCCCAGGCAGCGCUGGAGGCAGUCAAGGCGACCGUGGCGCAGAAGCAGCAGGAGCAGGCCACCUUGUUCUGGUCUUGUAGGGCCGCGUUGCGCCACCUGGUCCGUGAAUGA